CGUUGCGCCGCUCCCACCGCUGCUUGUCUCCUCCUCACCAAACUCGCCGCUUUUCUCCAUACAAGAAAGAGCUUAUUCUUGUAUUGAAGAAACAAGAAACUUAUACGAAAAUGGUGGCUUCAAAAGUUACAGACUAUGAAGAAAUCCGUCGCAAGAGAUUGGAAGAGAACAAGAAAAGAAUGCAAGAACUCAAUCUCGAUAAGCUUGCUCUAGCUGUUCGAUCCGUACCCAGUCCUAAAACCUCUCCCAUGAAGAGGGUGAAACCAAGGCAAUCUCUGCAGCUAUCAGAUCCCUCCGCAGUAAGGAGAUCCAGCCGCGUCGCCGGAAAACCUCCCCUUAGCUACAAGGAAGACCCAAUAGAACCACUAGGGAGGUUCAAAAGUUGUAGAGGUUAUAUGAAUAACCCAAGGGAUAUGUUGAAUCGAGUUUUUGCAUCAAAUGAGGAAAGAAUGUACUCGUUAGCUAAGGCAGAGGAGUUGCAAUCAAGUUUGGAAAUGGGUAUGCCAAGCUUUGUGAAACCUAUGCUUAAAUCUCAUGUGACUGGUGGGUUUUGGCUGGGUCUUCCUGUCUACUUUUGCCAUCAAAACCUUCCAAAAGAUGAUAAGAUCAUAACCUUGACGGAUGAGAAUGGAAAUGAAUGGUCCACUAAGUAUCUUCUCAGAAAAACUGGACUUAGUGGUGGCUGGAAAGGUUUUGCAGUUGAUCAUGAAUUAGUUGAUGGAGAUGCAUUGGUUUUCCAAUUGACCAGUCCUACAGACUUCAAGGUGUACAUUAUAAGGGUUAAUCAAGCUAAUGAUAGCGACGAGUCUUCUUUGGAUGUUACAAAUGGUCAUGACAAUGCAAAGUGAAAUGGAAAGCUUGUUGUUGUAAAUUGGUUGCUAAGAGGAUGUGAUGUGAUGUUAUGUUGUAAUCAAGAUCUGGAUUCACUAAUCAAGAAUUUUGGAGAUGCUAAUGGAGAAUUUUAUGCUUAUGACCUUUUAUUGGAUGUAUCCUCUCUUUUUGUUCUUUUUCUUAAGAAGGGCUAGUAGUUUAUCUAAUGUAAUAAUUAUGGUCCGGGACAAUAAUUUAGUGGGUUGAGACAUUAUUAGCUUUAUUGUUGUAAAAAUAUGUAGAAGAAAAGAAGAAAACUAGAAGUAU